UCGUAAAGUCUUCAACGCAAAAGUAUAUAUAAUCAAAAGUUAUUUUCUCUCUCAAUCAAACCUAAACCGUCGUAACCAUUCUCUUUCGUUUUCGUUUCUUCUCUUUAAAAAACCGUUCUUCGAAAAGAUGACGAUCUCUGUUGAGAAGCCGAUUUUUGAGGAGGUUUCUGCAUUGAAGAAGAGUGGGGACAAGAUCGGAGAGUUGAAAUUGGACGGAGGAUUUUCGAUGCCGAAAAUGGACACCAAAGACGAUGAAGCUUUUUUGGCACCUGAGAUGAAUGCAUUUGGACGCCAAUUCAGGGACUACGAUGUUGAGAGUGAGAGGCAAAAGGGCGUCGAAGAGUUUUACAGAUUACAACACAUUAACCAAACUGUCGACUUUGUGACAAAGAUGAGGGCUGAAUAUGGAAAAUUAGAUAAAAAGGUGAUGAGCAUUUGGGAAUGUUGUGAGCUUCUUAAUGAGGUUGUGGACGAGAGUGAUCCAGAUCUCGACGAGCCUCAGAUUCAGCAUUUGCUUCAAUCCGCAGAAGCAAUCCGCAAAGAUUACCCUAAUGAAGAUUGGCUUCAUCUAACCGCUCUUAUUCAUGAUCUUGGAAAGGUUAUAACUCUUCCACAAUUCGGAGGACUUCCUCAAUGGGCUGUUGUUGGUGACACAUUCCCUGUUGGGUGUGCAUUUGAUGAAUCUAACGUACACCACAAGUACUUUAUAGAAAACCCAGAUUUUCACAACAAAGCCUACAACACUAAAAAUGGAAUUUACUCCGAAGGAUGUGGACUAAACAAUGUCAUGAUGUCUUGGGGCCAUGACGACUACAUGUACUUGGUUGCUAAAGAAAACGGAAGUACCUUGCCGUCCCCUGGACAGUUUAUCAUACGAUACCAUUCCUUUUACCCACUGCACACGGCUGGAGAAUACACCCAUCUUAUGAAUGAGGAAGACAAGGAGAAUCUGAAGUGGCUACAUGUUUUCAACAAGUACGACUUGUACAGUAAGAGCAAAGUUCAUGUUGAUGUGGAGAAGGUCAAGCCCUACUACAUGUCUCUUAUCAAGAAAUAUUUCCCGGAAAACUUGAGGUGGUGAAUUCGGUGGAGAAAAAGUGGCCAUGAAGGAGUAGUCGUUUUAUCUACUUAUAAAUAUUUUUUACACAU